AUGGGAGGAACCCUUCAAGCUACACUUCUUUACUUGGUUCUCUACUUGGUUCUUUUGCAUAUAUGCAGGUGCAGCAACAUCGCUGUUUCCCAAGAUGAAGAAUGGAAGACUGCUACUGCAACAUAUUCCAAAGAAACAGAUGGGUCUAUUAUUACUGAAGGUGCUUGUGGUUAUGGGGACCUUCACAAGAUCAGCUAUGGGAAACACAGUGCUGGGCUGAGUGGCAUUUUAUUCAACAAAGGGAGUACUUGUGGGGCUUGUUAUGAGCUAAGAUGUGUUGACCACAUCUUGUGGUGCCUGCAAGGGAGCCCCUCUGUUACCCUCACUGCUACAGAUUUCUGCCCUCCAAAUUAUGGGCUUUCAAAAGAUUAUGGCGGCUGGUGCAAUUUCCCUAAAGAACACUUUGAGAUGUCAGAGGCAGCAUUCGCUGAAAUUGCAAGGAGAAAAGCUGAUAUUGUGCCAGUUCAGUAUAGGAGGGUGAAGUGUGAGAGAAGUGGGGGACUGAGAUUCAUGAUGAGUGGAAGUUCUCACUUCUACCAAGUCUUGAUUACAAAUGUAGGUUCAGACGGGGAAAUACUUGCUGUCAAGGUGAAGGGUUCGAGAACCGGUUGGAUACCGAUGGCCAGGAACUGGGGACAGAACUGGCAAAGCAAUGUCAAUCUUAAAGGGCAGCCUCUUUCCUUUGAGGUAACCAUCAGUAGUGGAAGAACACUCACAUCUUAUAUUGUUGCUCCAGCAAACUGGCAGUUUGGUCAGACAUUUGAAGGGAAACAGUUCUAG